AUUCCUAUGCUCUAUUCCUUCCUUUUCACAAAUUUCUACUUGGGUUACGAAGUGAGGUUAUGUUUCUAUGUUGUAUUACGAUUUAAAACUAUCGUGUAUAUUUUAGUGUUUCAGGAGCUAUAUUUCAAUUUUUAAAAUGGCUAAAGUAGCAGGAAAAAUGAGAAAUCUCAAGAAGGUUGUUGAGAAAAUUGAACACAAUCCUAAGAUGAGAACUACCGUUCCUGCAGGAAAAGCUUCUCCCAACCCUCCUUUCGGGCCAAUGUUAGGUCAGAGAGGGUUGAAUAUCGCUGCUGUUGUCAAGGACUUCAAUGAAAAGACUAAGGAUAUGAAGCCUGGUAUUCCCUUGCCAACGCGGGUCUACACCAACCCAGACCGAAGCUACAGGUUGGUUAUACACAAACCAACAAGCAUGUACUAUUUAAUGCAGGCUGCAGGCAUUCAGCGAGCAGCGAUGCAUCCAGGAAAAGAAGUUGCUGGAAAGGUAACUUUGAAACAUGUGUAUGAAAUUGCGAAAAUUAAAAUGGAAGACCCGCCUAAUGCUUUGAAAAGUAUGGAGUAUAUGUGCAAACAAAUCAUAAAAACCGCUCAUAGCAUGGGUAUAGAAGUUGUGAAGACAUUAGAUCCUGAAGAAUACCAGAAAUUCCUGGAUGAGAGGCGAGAAAUUGUAGCACAGCAGAGGAAGGAAUUGGAUGAGAAGAAAGAAGCAAAAUUGUUAAGAACUGGUUAAUGUGCUAUUAAUUAAGUAAAUUAGUUUUGUAAAUAUUGUUGAAAAGUGUCUUGUAAAUAAAUGUAGGAAUUAUACUAAACGUU